CUCAAAGCUCUUUCUGUGAAAGUGUACUGCACGUGUUUCCGGUCUGUAAGGAGCUAACAAAUGGCUUGCAAGCUUCCGUUAGUUUGUUAAGGGACUUUUAAAAGUAAUUCUACAUUUUCUUAAUCAUGGAAACGACAGGCAGUUCAUAUCAAGUGGAAAACACAGAUAUAUUCCUACCGUUGUCAUCAUUGAAGCUGCUGAUACCUCCUCUGCGGCUGCUUUCUGCAGCGAUGUGGCAAGUGGCUCAGCGGAGAGAGGUUUUCGAUUAUGAAAAUCUUGAUGAGUUUGUGACGCUGGUCACAGCUACAGUGCCACAGCUGCUCAACCCAAAGCAAAGAGGCACAUUGCUUCUGCGACUGAGAGCCAAAAUUAUUCUUGAGUUGUGCAGAAAAGAGGAAACGGCCAACAUUUUGUGCGUACAGCCUCACCUAGAACGAAUCCGCCCUCCGGGAUACACAGGAAGUGGGGAUGCAGAGGUGGAUGCAGAGGAGGCCAUUUUUUUGGAGCUCAUCCACACACUUCUGAAAGACCCAGCAGAGAGGGCGCAUUUUUACCAGGAGGUUUUUCCAUCAGAGUAUGGUCCCAGCUAUGACACAGAUAUGCAGCUCCUUGUGUGGGAGUUUCUGUCUAAACUGGAGAAACUCCUGCCAGUACCAGACCUCAGUCAGACGGUGUCAUGGCUGACCUCUGCCCCCUCUGUACUGAAGGACUGCCUGCAAGCGCUUGCCAAUCCCGACGACCUGAGGUCUCUCCUGCAGCAUCACAAAUGUCUUGAGCACCUUGGAACACAAGGUACCACUUUAGAGAUGUCCACCCAGGUCUUUGCCUGCUCAGAGUGUCCGUUCUUCCACGUGCAGGAGUCCUACCUGCUGCAGCACAUUGAGCACAGUCACCCUGAGCAGUACAGCCAACUCCAAAGGUCUGCAGACACUGCGGAUAUCCCCAAGAAGAAGGCCCAGCGUCCUGAGUUCCCCAAGCCUUUCCCCAUCCAUGACAGGCCUGACCCUCACAUGUGCCAGGAGUGUGGAAAAACUUUCACACGCGCCUCAGACGUGACGCGUCACCAACGGACACACACGGGCGAGCGCCCGUACACUUGUGAGGAGUGUAAGAAGGGCUUCAAGAACUCUUGGGAUCUGACUAGACAUCAGCGCAUUCACACAGGGGAACGGCCCUUUCUCUGCUCCCAGUGCGGCAAACGCUUCACACAGAUGGGCUUGCUCAAGCUGCAUUUUGAACGAACGGCGUGCGGACAGACGUGCAACCCUCCCCUCGAGCUCACCACAGAGGUCAUCGUAGCAGAGGAGGCGUCAGAGAAUGUAGAUGGUCAGUACAAAUGCCAGAAAUGUGGCGAGAGCUUCGGUAGCAUCCUGGAGCGGCUGAAGCACAGGCAGAGGCACGUGGCCAGGCGUCAGUACAAAUGCUCCCUGUGUGAGAAGAUAUACAGCCGAGCAUCGGACCUCAAGAGACACCAGAUGAAACACACCGGCGAGCGGCCGUUUGCCUGCGACUGUGGGAAAAGCUUCACGCAUGUGUGGCUCCUGAAUAAGCACCAGCAGAUCCACACCAGGGAGCGUCCGUACCCCUGCACAGAGUGCGGAAAAAGCUUCACUCAGAUCCAGAUCCUCAACAGGCACCUGAUGACUCACAACGGCCAGCGGCCCUUCCAGUGCUCCUACUGCGAGAAGAGCUUCGCCCAGCUGGCCAGCCUCACGCGCCACGAAAGAAUCCACACGGGCGAGAGGCCGUACCACUGCACCACCUGCCAGAAGACGUUCCUCACACACGGGGAGCUGGUGAGGCAUCAGCGCAGCCACAGCAACUUCAGGCCGUUCAGUUGCGCACAUUGCCUGAAGAGCUUCAAAACCAAGCGUGCUCAGAGCGAACACCUCAAUACACACACAGGAGAGCGGCCAUUUGUGUGUACCCAUUGCGGGAAGAGGUUUGCCAAGUCAACCUCGCUCGUUAGACACAACCUGACUCACACGGGGGAGCGGCCCCACCAGUGCUCCCAGUGUGGCAAGACCUUCCUUACCUCUGGUGAGCUCCUGCUCCACAAGCGGAUCCACACAGGAGAGAGGCCCUACCCCUGCUCCUACUGCGAGAGGAGGUUCAGGUGCUCCUCGGACCUCAACAUGCACAUCCGAACACACACCGGAGAGAAGCCACACAGCUGUCUGCUCUGUAAGAAGAGUUUCUCUACUUCUACGAGGCUGAAGAGACACGUACGCACACACGGGGAGAAGGGUAUAGUUGUGGAAUCAUUGAGUCUUUGAGCUGUUAGAAGCUAAUUAUGUCUUUAAUAUAUAGUUUUUUUAUGUGAUCUGUUACAUAAGAACCUACUUAAAUGUAUAGUACUUCACAUGAACAACAAAAACGUUGACAAAGGGGUGCUUUUCUUUAUGGAAAAUUGUCUCGGGACACCUCAGACUUAAUUUUGCAGCCCCAGGGAGAAGGACUUACCAACUAGCCUCAAUUUAAAAUGAUUUAAAAUCAUUCAAAGUCUCAGGGCUAGGGGAAGGUGAAGAAAGUGAAAAUAUGAACAAGGAAAGCAAAAUACACAUGAUUAGAAACAGAGCUUUGAAAAGGUGUAACAGUGGAGAGGGGCCACAGUGAUCUGUGAAAAAGGGAGUGAAUGCCAAAGAUUUUAAAGAUGGUACCACUGAUCAACAGGAGGAGGACUGCUCACAUAUCCAAGGUUAGUUUCCCUUGCAUUACUUGUUUAUUGUUAUUGUUAAUAGCUCACUCAUUGGUUUCUACAUUCAUCUGUGUAGUGAUGGAAACAACUAAUGUUGAUAUUAAAAUAAUAAUGCAAUUAGAUGGCCAGGUUUGCAUGCUUCCCCUCCACUGUGUGAUUGAAUACAGGUUUUUAUGUAAACUGGUCAAAGUUUAUCUUAUGGGACAUUUAAGAAAACAAAGGAAUAAGGUACAAGUCGGAUUGCAGGAUGUCUGUAAUCCACUCAAGACUUAUAUAACAUGAUAGAACUGGCUCUACAUCCAUGAUGAAUGCUCUGGUAUUUUGUAUAAUCAAGUUAGGUUUUCUAAUGAUUGCUGAUGGGGCCAGUCAUAUAAACACUGGUUGUUAGAGUUAUAACAUCUUGCUAAUAAAAAUCUCAAAAGGAUUCAGACCCUUCAGAACAGUCUUGUGAGUGUGGGACUUUUUACUACUUUUGUGCUGUGGAACAAGGAACUAGUAUUUAGUACAAACAGGGACAUAUUUAUAUUUUAGAGGUAAGAAUAUGUAUAAGCUAAGUUGUAUUCUAUUUAUACACAUUGCAUACGUCAAUAAGUUGGGAGCAGUUCCACCAGUGAUAUCCUUAUUUUUUCCUUUAGAAAAUUAGUAGAAUCCUGAAGAAAAUAUGUCUUAUAUCUCAAGAAAAGAACAACAAUUAUAGUAAUGAAAAGACAGAAAGAAAACGUUUUACUUUCCUAUUAAUAUAUCAUUAAUUAUAUCAUCUUGCAACCCACUGGUGGUGACACAUUUAUUUUUUAUUACACUGAAUUUGGAUAACUUUUACUUUGGGGACAAAAACUAAGCUCUACAAAACAAGUAGUCCCAAUUUAAUUUGGUUGCAUUUUCUGUUUUUUGAUCAUAUUUCAUGUAAGGCCACUAAAAGCUGAUGUGUGUUGAGCGUUUGGCGUCAUAAGACUGCUGUGCAUCACCCAGGUGGGUGCUACACAUUGGUGGUGUUAGAAGGUAGUCCUCUCCCCCUGAAGCGCUUUAGUUGUCUUUGAUAAAGCGCUAUAUCAAUGUAAUGAAUUAUUAUUAAUAUGGCUGGCUCAUCUGUGUGACAGAUCAGGAACGAUAUUCUGCAUAAGGGGUCUAAUUUCUCUUCAUUUUGCCUUUCCCAUUGUUUUUUAAUGUAUUGUUUAAUGAUGGUUGUUGUAUAGUGUUUUACACUA